AUGGCGGCGGGAGGAGGGCGGCCGCCGGGCCCGGAUUCCUCGCUGGAGCCCUACGUGCAGACCCGCAUCUUCAAAAUCAUCGUCAUCGGAGACUCCAACGUGGGCAAGACGUGUCUGACCUUCCGCUUCUGCGGAGGCACCUUCCCCGAUAAGACCGAGGCCACCAUCGGCGUGGACUUCAGGGAGAAGACGGUGGAGAUCGAGGGGGAGCGCAUCAAGGUGCAGGUGUGGGACACGGCCGGGCAGGAGCGGUUCCGGAAGAGCAUGGUGGAGCAUUACUACCGCAACGUGCACGCCGUGGUCUUUGUGUACGACGUCACCAAGAUGACAUCAUUCACCAACCUCAAGAUGUGGAUCGAGGAGUGCAACGGGCACGCUGUGUCCCCGCUCGUCCCCAAAGUGCUGGUAGGGAACAAGUGUGACUUGAAGGACCUGAUCCAAGUGCCGUCCAGCAUGGCCCUCAAAUUCGCCGACGCUCACAACAUGCUGUUGUUCGAAACCUCAGCCAAGGACCCUAAGGAGAGCCAGAACGUGGAGUCCAUCUUCAUGUGCCUGGCCUGUCGGCUGAAGGCGCAGAAAUCGCUGCUCUAUCGCGAUGUGGAGAAGCGGCCGGGCCGGGCGCAGAAGCUGGAGCAGUCGCGCGACGCCCACGGUAAAAGCGCGUGUCCGUGCUGAGCGCCUUCAAUAAAGUC